AUGAAUUCCAUUCAUAUCCUCCUCUCUCUGUUGCUUGUUCACAUAGCAACAGCCCAAUCCGGGCACGGCUUUGGCGACUCCCAUGGCCAUUCACUCAACAAGCGCAGUCCACUUGCACCGGGUGCCAACGGUAUCUGCUACACCUACAUCAUUCAGGAACACGAUACCUGCGAGAGAAUUGCUGAGCGCUACCAGAUUACCACCAGCAAUAUCGAGACUUGGAAUCUCGGAUCCUGGGGCUGGCCGGGUUGUGCCAGAUUGAAGCAGGGUGAUUUUGUCUGUCUCAGCUCCGGUGCCCUUCCUAUGCCAGUUGCUCUCCCGCAUGCUGUCUGCGGUCCCCAAGUUCCCGGAACACAACGCCCUGCCAAAUAUAGCGAUCUCGCCUCUCUAAAUCCGUGCCCUUCAAACCAAUGCUGUGCUAAGUCUGGACAAUGUGGUACUACCUCUGCCUUUUGUGAUGCAAGCGCCGGUUGUAUCUUUAACUGUGGACCGAAGAGUACACAAAACAAAGCCACCACCCAAAGUACCACUUCAAAGACGACUACUUCACAGACUACUACGUCAAAAACAACUACUGCUUCAAACGUGACCUCCAAAACAACGACUACCUCAAAAACUACUACUACUACUUCAAAAACUACUGCGAAAGCAAACAUGGUGACUUUAACUAGCAUAAAAUUAGUGCCAGCUCCAAGCAGUGCUGCUCCGACUCAAACUUGGCAAAUGUCAGUCUAUUCAAAGGAUAAGUGCGAAGGGGAUUACUUCACUGUUCAAGGACAUGAAGACCAAUAUGCUGGCCACUGCAUUAUUCUCGCAGAUAAUACCAACACCAAAAUCUCGGAUAGUACUACGUCCUGUCGAUGGUGGUCUGAUGGUGGUCUCAACUGGGGCACCUGUGCCUCCAGUAAACUCACGAAACCCAAGUCAUGGUUUCUCAAAAGCGGAAAGUGUGCUAUGUAUUCGGGGAAGAAAUGCACGGACGAUGACUGGUUAGGAGAGACCUAUGCGUCUUUCAAGGGCUGCCAGUCUCCGAAGACUGGAUUUAUGUCUCCUCAGAAGGGUAAGACGUGGGGCUCAAUGCAGUGUUAUGAAAUGAAAUCGUGA